AUAUCUGGAAGAAGAAACAGAAUUUCUUGCUUCUUAAAUAGUCCGAAGACGCCCCCAAACAGCAGCUGCCAGUCCAACAUCCCAGAAUUGUCAGUUGCCGUGAAUACUGGCAGAACUGCUGAUCCAUUCAGGGUCACAUUAGCACAACAGGAGCUGAUAAGGACCAGAGCAGGUCACCAAAAUGUCUGUGAGAGUGCAGUUCAUUUGCAGCCUGAAAGAAGCAAUCUCACCAGGCAACCAAAGCGCAGUGGGACUCAGUAUCCGCCUUUGAAGUACCUUCAGAGCUCUCAGGCGUUUACAAGGACAGAGCAGCUCGACAAAGAUGGAAAGGCUCAUUUGCAGAGCAGCAGCCAGGGAAGAUUAAUUCUUCAGUCAGCAUCUGUCAGGGGGAGAGCAAUGCUGCAUCCUCGCCAGUCCUUUCCUCUGGGACGAGGCCACUUGGCAGGCAAAUCGGGACACACUGAGAGUGGUUUCUCUGAAUAUCUAACACCGAGACUCAAUGUAACUUUGGGCCAUAAUCUAAUUUCCAAGACAUUGGAGCUGAAACAGAGAACUGAUGGCAAUGACAACACUAAACAGGUGCCCAUCACAACUCCAUCUAAUGAUGGUCGUGUGACAAGUGGAUCAGGCAGGACGGAUAUAUCGAAAAGCAAAGCUGCACCCUCAGUGAAAGUACGCACUCCCUUCAACUCAAGAACAAAGAUGUCUCUCCACUCCAAAAUAAAUACUCGAAGCACUGGUGCCGGGAAACACAGAGUGACAGAUAAAUGUGAAGAUAAGAUUCAAGAAUCUUUAGAGGAAGAGAACUGCAAAGAUUUGGUGGCUGAGCCAAGCGACUUGAAGGAGGUAGAAGAUUCUCAAAUGUCUAAUUUCAAUGAUACUAAAGAUGAUGAAGAGACUCUAGAAAUGGACAGCACUGUGCAUCUCGCAAAACAAAUUGAGGUUAUCAUCCAUUUGAAGCCAAAGUUGGACAGUAGUGCAGAGUGCUGCAGUGAGAAAGACCCGGAGCAAAUCAAUUCAAAUGGAGCUUGUAUCUGAACAAAGGGAAUCUAUGAACAUCUUUUCUUUAUAAAUACAGGACUGCUGCAAAUCAAUUACAAGAUCAGACUUGUUUAUUUGCUUAAUUUUCUCCACAUGAAGCGGGGAAACAGCACUUUGAUCAUUAUUUGCCUGAUAAAAACAUAUUUUUGUGUUUGAGCUUGUAAGCUGAAGAAAUGCCAGUGAUGAAUAUCUUUUGACUUUUAUGUUGAUGAUGAAUGAUAACUGGUGAAAGCGAAUCUCAAUUUAAUUACUGUAGAGCCUUCCUCGCAGGGUAAGGACAGAAAAACCAUGUUAAAAUAUAUCUCGUGAUUGCUUUGAUUUGGUUGUGAAAUCCACUCGUUAAAGACAUUGUAAUCCCGUUUAAGGUUAUUUUAUCAACUGAAGAGAUAACAACUACAAAUUGCAUCUAUAUAGCACCUUAAAUAUGGUUUAAAAAGUUCCAAGGUCCUACACAAGACCAAACACAGAUUGACACUGAGAUACAUGUGAGGAGAUAUUUGGACAGACAACUAAAAGCUUUCUUAUACAUUCAUUUGUGGGAUGUUGGCAUUGCUGUCUUUGUCAGUGAAAUAGGCUUUGGGACUCUCCUGAAGUGGGGACAGACGUAGAGAGGCUUCAGGGAGAGAAUUUGAGAGCUUAGGGCCCAAAACGACUGAAGGCAUGAUCACCAGUAGGGCACAUUUAAAAAUGAUAGUGUGCAAAAGGCCAGAAUUGAAGGAAGAAGAGGUUGUCAAUGGUUGGCGAAUGAAGGAGAACAUAAGAGAUAGAGAUGAUGCAAGGCUAUAGAUGGAUUUGAAAACAAGGAUGUGUGCAAUGAUAAGCCCCGAAAGAACUG